AUGCCUCGAAAGCCACCAACGUUCCGAGUCCGAUUCACGACGGAUGCGAACCAUGACGCGCAUCCCAACGAAGCACCUAGCGGCAGCAAAUCAGUGAGUGCGAAAAGCUCAGCGGCAUCAGUACCUCUCGAGAAGCUAGUCUUGUCGAGCGAGCAGCGCACCGCAGUCGAGAACCUCUACAACAACCCGACGGAUGCCAAUCAUGAUGUGCCAGCAUUGCUCGAUCAGUUCUUCACCACGGAUUCUGGGAGCCAAGAGCAAGCACAGUCCCUUCUUUUGAAGUGGCAGCUUGAUAUUGGGGCACUCGAGAGUAUUGGAACAUGUUGGGCACAGCAAUGGAGCCGGAAGACUGGGAAGUCACGAAGAGUCCUAUUGCAGUGCCACACACAUGCUCCACAAGUCCAUUGUCCCGGCAUGCCUCAGACUUGCACGCUUGACCGUUUUUCCGGCUUCGCGAGGCUGUCGCCGCUCGGGACAGUCUGGUCUGCAGUGACUCAGAUCGAUUCAAGGACAUUGUAUGAUUUGUAA